GCAGCCGCUGCGGAGGCUAUCAGCCAGUUGCCGAGAGAGCCGUUCUCCACAGGGAAGGGCUUCACGUGGCUGGAUGCAUUGAGGAGCGUGGCUUGCGAUGCGCAAGCCAAAGAAGCGACCUGUGUAUUUCCUCAGAUGGGCACUAUUUUCACCCAUCAGGUUCUCACCCGUGAGGAUGCCUGCGACUUUGUCUUGCAGGUCGUGGAUGCUGGUGGUGAGGGCGAGGAGCCAAUCUAUGUGGGCGUCGUGAGCGAUGAGCCAGUCGGCUUCGGGUGUUUGCCCGUGGGCCAUCCGCAGCUGGCAAACUCAAUUGGUAUAGUGUCAGCAGGUCCUCAUGCAGGACACAUUGUGCACGCUGGCCAGUCGAGGAGGGAAGUCCAAGGCAUCGCAAGUGGAGACACGAUCCGGAUUCAGAUAGAGCCAGGCUCUAAUGUGACGAUAUGGCACGGGCCAACCGUCCUCGUCUCGUUUGCGGUGGGCGGCGACGGUAUGUUCCGGUGCGCCGCGAGCUUGAGCAGCAUUGGACAACGCGUCAGGAUCAUGGAUAGCGCGCAAGAUGCGAGCACAGCAGCUGCCGUGAGCCGCAUGGUUGAUCCACGAAGAGCCGGGCAGACGAGCCCGAGCAAUCCAGCGGUGCCAGCAGUGAGAGAUGAGCAGAAGAAGGCAGAGGAGCAGGAUGGCAGCCCAUGCUCCCCAGCCAAAGUUGCGGCUGCCGAGGAUAAGGGCUUGGAUGAUGAUGACGAUUUGAAGGAAGCCAUCCGACUGUCCCUACAGGAUGAGCAAGGCAAGGCAGGGAAGUGA